GACAUCUACUUGGCCACUUUAUUCUUUGCGGACUUCUGAUACCUUCCGCCCAAUGGAAUCUGAGCCGAAACCCAAAUCAAAAAGAAACCCAUAAGACAAAUCUAAACAUAAACCCCGAACCCUAAACGUAUUCAGGGAUUUUGCACUACUAUAUAUAUAUAUAUAUAUAUAUUAUACACACACUUAUGGGUUUUCUCUUUUCUGCUCAUAAACCCAUGAAGUGAAGCUGAUUUUAAAAAAAAUUUCAAAUGGAUUUCGUCGAGUUGGAGGCAAUCGAAGGUCUCCGAUGGUCGUGGAGUUCAUGGCCGGUUUCGAAAGCCGAAGCUUCGGCUCUCGUGAUCCCUCUAUCGAUCAUGUGCACUCCAUUGAUGCAAGUCAAUGAACUCCCACUAAUCCCCUACGAUCCCCUCAUAUGCAAUCGAUGCGGUGCCGUAUUAAACCCUUAUGCCCGUGUAGAUUACCAGUCUCGAAUCUGGGUUUGCCCCUUUUGCUAUCAGAGGAAUUCGUUCCCGCGAUCUUACGUCGGAAUCGGCGAAACCAAUCUUCCUGCGGAGCUAUUUCCGACCUAUAGCACUGUAGAGUACCAAUUGGGUAAAAAGGCUUCGGCCUCAAGUUCGAAUUUUAAUUCCAAUUGGGGUAAUGGGUUGUCGUCGUCGUCUUUACCUUCAAUGGUGUCGUCGUCGUCACUGGCAUCGUCUUUCUCGUCGUCUUCAUUGUCGGGCUUGGACUCGCAGGCGGCUGAGCCGGCAUUUGUGUUUGUUGUGGAUGCUUGUUCGUCCGAGGAGGAGCUUCAAGCACUUAAAAAUGAGUUAUUGCUUGUGGUGGCGCAGUUGCCGGAGGAUGCUUUGGUGGGACUGGUCACGUUUGAUUCAAUGGUGCGUGUUCAUGAUCUCGGGUUCGCAGAGUGCUCGAGAGUCGUGGUGUUACAUGGUGAACGUGAGCUCUCAUCUCUUCAGACGAAGCAGUUACUCGGAAUUAAUCAAAUGAAGCAACAACUUGUAAAGAUGUCAGCUAUUCAAAAACAGGGUUUUCUGUUACCGCUUUCUGAAUGUGAGUUCAACAUCACCUCAGCAAUUGAGGAUAUCCAUUCUUCACCACUAGUCAUGUCAGGCCAUCGUCCUCAACGGUGCACAGGAGCAGCAAUAUCAGCUGCUGUUGGACUUCUAGAAGGAUGCUCAGUUACUACAGGUUCCCGGAUAAUGGUCUUCACAUCCGGGCCUGCAACUGUUGGCCCAGGAAUGGUUGUACACUCAGAUCUUUGUGCUGCCAUUAGAACUCACCGAGACCUGAUUAAUGGUCAUGCACCUUUCUAUGAUAAGUCUAGCAAAUUUUAUAAGCAAUUAUCACAUAGGUUAUCCGAUGCAUCUAUUGUCCUUGAUUUGUUUGCUUGCUCUCUCGAUCAAGUUGGAGCAUCAGAGCUAAAAGUUCCUGUUGAGAGCUCGGGCGGAUUCAUGAUGUUAGGGGAGUCUUUUGAGUCGGAUCAAUUCAGAAAAUGCUUGCGCCACAUAUUUAACCAUGAUGAAAAUGGGAACUUGAGAAUGUGUUUUGAUGCAACUAUUGAGAUAGUGACCACCAAAGAUGUGAAAAUUUGUGGAGCUCUUGGUCCCUGUGUUUCCCUUCGGAAGAAGAACAGUUCAGUUAGCGAGCAGGAGAUUGGCGAGGGUGUUACCAAUAUGUGGAAGUUGGGUACACUCACUAACAAAACGUGCAUUGCUUUCUUCUUCCAAUUGGGUGAUGAACAGAAAGUCCAGCCCAGCUCUGCAUUUUUCAUACAGUUCAUAACGCGUUACAGACACGGAAACACGGGAAUUAGGAAAAGGGUGACAACCGCUGCAAGAAGGUGGGUUGGGAACAACUCACCCGAAAUUGCUGCUGGGUUUGAUCAAGAAGCAGCAGCUUCAGUCAUAGCUAGACUUGCCAUAAACAGAGCAGAGAGUCAUUUUGCUAGGGAUGUGAUCAGAUGGCUGGAUAAGAUGUUGGUUCGUUUUGCUUCUAAGUUUGGAAAUUAUGUGCCAGAAGAUCCAUCUUCCUUUCGUCUCUCAUCUAACUUCUCCCUUUUCCCACAAUUUAUGUAUUAUUUAAGGAGAUCGCAGUUUAUUGAUGUCUUCAACAGCAGUCCUGAUGAGACUGCUUUUUUCCGGUUGAUGCUAAACCGUGAGGGGGUGGUGGGUUCUCUUAUCAUGAUCCAACCUACUCUUUUCCAGUAUUCGUUUGAUGGGCCUCCUAUUCCAGUCCUUUUAGAUGUCCGAUCCAUCUCUCCAGAUGUAAUUUUGCUCUUUGAUUCUUACUUCUUUGUGGUUAUUCAGUAUGGGUUGAAGAUUGCUCAGUGGAGGAAGCUUGGUUAUGACAAGGACCCAAACCAUGAGAGUUUCAGGAAGCUGUUGGAGGCCCCGGAGCUAGAUGCUGAGCAAUUGGUGAUGGAAAGGGUUCCAGUUCCCAAGCUUAUAAAAUGUGACCAGCACAGUAGCCAGGCGAGAUUUCUUCUUGCCAAGUUGAAUCCAUCUGUUACUCAGAACUCAACAUACACGAAUGGUGCAGAUAUUGUGUUCACUGAUGAUGUGAGCUUGGAAGUUUUUAUAGAUCACUUGCAAACUUUGGCAGUACAGGGUUGAUGGGGUGUUAUAUAGUCUCUCCUAUAAUCAUAUGGGGAAAGAUUUGUUAUAUGUUGCUUUCAAGUGUUGAGGUGUCUAGUUGUCUUUAGCAAAAUUUUCCCCUUCUCCAGGUCAGAAGAGGUCACUAUCCAGUGUGGUUUUUGUUAAUUGAGAUGGUGCUGGGAUACAAUGACAGCAAAGGCGUGGAGUGGCUACUUGAUGACUCCUUAAAGCUUGAGCUUCUACGUGAACAGAUGUUCCUUCAAAGCAUACGAAGUCUUUCUUGAUGUGAGCUGAGAACACUCCUUGUGGUUACUGUUUCAUCUAACCUACCAGGAGAAGGGUCUGAUGUCUCCCAUGAGUUUGUGGAUAUGUAAAAUUUGGAUGGAUGAGUUUAAACGCAAUCGUUGUACAAUGCCCUUAAAUUUGCGCCAAGUCAAAAUGAAUUUGAGAAUUGGCACGGCAGUAUAAUAGUUUCCUUUUCCAUACUCAGUUUACGCUUCCUUUUGUAGAAAUUUGGGUUUAUUGCAAGCUGAGUUGGUGGUACUUCCACCGGAGGAACUCUCAGAUGACUGAUAAAGAGAAAAAUUAUUUCUGCCAAGGGUAAGACUGACAACUUUGCAGUUUGAUCUCCAAGUGUGACACUUGAGUACAAUUCAAGAGCUAUGGAACCAUGACCGUUAACAGGUAUUGAAGAUGAUGUGUUGCGCAGAUGUCUAUUAUCGCUCUGUAAUUUCCAGUUCAUUAAGGAAACAAGUUUUUUGAAAGUUAGAUCAAUACUAGACUGAGAUUGUGGAAGUUUAUAGAUUGUUUGCUGACUGGAUUGCUGAUGGAGUCUAACAAUGCCAUGGAAUCCAAAGAGCUUAAUGUGAAGACGAGAGUGAUACCAUGGACAACCUUCAGAAUUCAGAGUAAAGAUUGAGCAAAAUAAAACUGAGGUUUUCGUCCAACCUCUCAACAGGUAUGGAUUGCUGUGAUAUUGUGUGAAUCAACCAAAUCGGCACUGAUUGGUGAUUUCUGGAUGAAAUGUAGAAGGAAGAAACAUUAGAAUGAAGGAAUAGAAACCAUAAUUUGUAAGCUUUGAGAUGUGUAGAAAACAAUGUUAUGUUUAUGGUGUUAUUUGCCCCUGUAUGUUUAAUGUUUAUGUUGUUCUUUGCCCCUAGAGUUUUGUAACGAGUCCAGAUAUAAAUUGCCCUUCAAUAUACAACAGGCUUUGUUGCAUCUAUGUAUAACUGCUCAGUAUUUUCUUUCUAGCUCUUCAGGCCUUGGUCCCAAGAUUAUAUAACGUCAUUAUUUUUGUCUUUCUUUCA